ACGAUGUUGAAGAACCGUGGUGGCGUUUGAACGUGGUUCCGCGUGUAAAGUGGAGUCGCGCUAUCAACACGAUAACUCGUGACCGGCGAGGCCAAGUUUGCAACAUUUGCUCCGACUUGCGCAGUCACCAGCAACACUUGCGAUUGUUUAUGCUGGGAAGGCGAGUAGGCAUAAUGAAUAAUGAACAGUUUAGGAAGCUUAUGCUGGCCAAUUCGGCCAAGGCGGAAAGCAAAUCAGGCGAUGGCGCAUCGUCAACGAGACCAAGCAGCUCAAACGUUGCGCUUGGAUCUAGACAACGGACAAAUAUUCCCAUGACACCGCGUUCGUUAGGAGGACAGCCCAGCUUUGCGAAACAGCUUGCCGAUCAAAAUCGAUCAGAACAGCCGUCGAAGAAAUUUAGAACGUAUGCUCCCAAGGGCUCUAAACUAGCGUCUGGAUAUGUCGACCGAACACAAGCUCGCCAGGAAGAGUCUGACGAUCGAGAAAAGAGGUUAAAAGCUUUGGAGGAGUCUUUAAAGAACGACGAAAUCGACCAGGAAACGUAUGAUCGAUUGCGAUCCAAUAUUGCUGGUGGCGAUUUGGAAAGUACACAUAUGGUCAAAGGUCUCGACUUUAAACUUCUAGCACGUAUUCGACAGGGCGAGGACGUAUAUUCCGGAAAGGCAAAAGAGGAGUCAGACGACGCUGCAGAGGCUGCCGAUGUCGACGACGAGUUUGACGAACUGGAGGAUCGAGAAGUACAAGCCGUUGAGAAGGAGAAGACAGAAAAGAAAAAGGGCCAACUUUCUACACUUGCGACAACUACAGGAAAGAAACGAAGCCGAGAUCAAAUCUUGGCUGAAAUGAAAGCCGCACGCGCGGCAGCAAAGGCACAAGCGGAGCCAGCACUAGGCGAUCGCUUCAAGAAGAUUGGAAGCACACAUAAAGCUGGCACGAGGUUCGAACGAGACAGCAAAGGGCGUGAAGUCAUGAUCAUCACAGAUGAAGACGGCCAUGAAAAGCGUAAGGUUCGUAAGCUGCAGCCUGGUCAAGAGCCUGAACCGGAUAUGAUGCCAGAUGCGAAUGCGAGACCGUUAGGGAUGGAGGUCCCUGAACAAUAUCAAAAGAAAGAGGAGCCACAGGAGGACAGCGACAGCGAUAUUUUUGCCGAUGCUGGCGACGAUUACGAUCCAUUAGGAGGAAUUGGCGGCUCUAGCUCUGACGACGACUCCGACACUCAGAAGCCAGCCAAGGAUAAGACAGACGGUGAUGCACCAAGCGCAGGCAGUAUGGCACCGCCACCCAAACCAGCGCUGAAACAGAACUACUUUAAAGAUUCCAAGACUGGUUUACUCUCUGAGGAGCAGACAAAGAACCCAUCCAUGUCUGACCCGGCCAUCUUGGCGGCGAUCAAGCGAGCCUCCGCACUCCGCCCCAUGGGUGGUGACCGGGACGACGACUCUGACGAUGAGAAAGCUUCUGAGCGUAAAGCUCGCCAAGAGAGGCACCGCCAAAUGCUACAGAACUCGAACCGCGAUGACGAAGACAUGGACAUGGGCUUCGGCACUAGCCGCUUUGAGGACGAGGAGGACUUUGACGAUACAAAGACCAAGCUAUCACGCUGGGGCGGGGGCAAUGAUGAUGACGAUGGAGAAGGCCAUGCUGGAGGGGGCAAAGGAAAACGAAAGAGGGCGCCCAAGAAGCGAAAGGGCGAUGUCAACAAUGCUGCCGACGUUCUUCGCGUUAUGGAGGAGCGAAAGAAGACAUAGGAGAGACACAAAAUGUAGAUUUUACCUGUAAACAAAAUAUAUACCCCCUUUUUUGAUGUUUGC